AUGAAGUGUAUGAUUUUUAAUGUUGUCGUAGAAAGGGUUUGGAGGACCGACGAAGAGUUUGCCAGGGAAAUGCUAGCCGACCUCAAUCCGGUGGUGAUUAGUCGUCUCCAGGAAUCCCCUCCAAAGAGCAAUCUAGAUUCUCCAAAGUAUGGAAACCAACACAGUUCCAUACGAGAAGAGCAAGUAAAACCUUACAUGAAUGGUCUCAAUGUAAAAGAAGCUUUGGAACAGAACAAGCUAUACAUAUUGGAUCAUCACCACAUUGAUGCCUUUCUUGACACGGAUAAACUUAACAAACACAAAAAUCUAUGCGACCCGAACCCUUCUGUUGUUUCAAGAAGACGGAACACUGAAACCUCUAGCCAUAGAGUUGAGUCUUCCCAACAAACAAGGCGAAUCACACGGAUCGAUCAGUAA